AUGAAACGUCUUGGUUUGCAAGCAAUUCCCUUGUCUCCUCCUAUGGUGGUUACUACUGCCAUGGAUGAUAUGGUAGAGACACCGUUGAUUUGUAAAAAUUGUUCGCUCUCGGUGAAUGGUAGAAUUUUCCAGAUUGAUCUUAUUUGUUUACCACUUAAGAAGGUUGACGUGGUUUUGGGGAUGGAUUGGCUUUCCGCCAAUUCGGUGUUUAUUGGAUGUGAAGAGAAGUUGAUUAUCAUUCCAUCUAGUGAAGCUACUCCAAGGGAUGUAUUAACUACUAUCUUGGAAGGUACGAUUGUCAUGGUUAAUUUCUUAUUUGAGAAGGAAAAGUCAGUUCUCUUGGUUCUCACCAAGGAAUCUAGUGAUAAUCUGAAUGUUACGCAAAUUCCUAUCGUUUGUGAAUUUCCAGAAGUUUUCCCUGAGGAUGUCACUUCUCUUCCUUCUGAAAGGGAAGUGGAAUUCUCUAUUGAUCUGAUACCUGGGACGGCUCCAAUCUCCGUUUCUCUGUAUCGUAUGGCGCCACUCGAGUUGAGAGAGUUGAAGGACCAAUUGGAAGAGUUGUUAACCAAGCAUUUCAUUUGA